AUGGAUGCAAGGGCCACAGGGACUCGGAGCGUCCCGCUGAAGAGCAGCAGCUCGGCGCUGUACAACAACCUGAGCGUGCUGCCCCUGCGCGACAAGCAGCUCACCUACUUCGCCGCCGUGCACGGCAGCACCGUCAGCCUGGCCAGCGCCUCGGCCGACGGGCUCAGCGUCUCCCACCGCCAGCUGCAGGCCAAGGAGGGCGGCCUGGCGGUCAGCGCCUCCAUCGUCACCCAGGCCUCCUGGUGUGUCCUGCCUUCUCGAGUUCUCCUAGUCCUGACCUCUCAGAAAGGCAUCCAGAUGUACGAGUCAGACGGCUCCAUCAUGGUUUAUUGGCAUGCCCUGGAUGUCUUGGAACCACCGUCAGCCCAGGCAGUGUUUGCUCGAGGGAUCGCUGCUGCCAGUGGGCGCUUCAUCUGUGUGGGGACUUCGUCGGGACUGGUGCUGGUGUUUGACAUCCCCAGCAAGGGAACAAACAUCACGCUGAGCGAGGUCCUGCAGGAGCAUCACGACUCCAUCACUGACAUCGCCUCGGAGGUCGGUGAGAACCCGGAUGGGGCUGCUGACCUGGUGACUGCAGAUGACUCUGGGGCCCUGUGUGUCUGGAGAUCCAAGGAGGAGUUCUCCCUGCUCACCAAAAUCUCUGCCUUUGGGUGGACCUGCUCCUCGGUGAAGCUGUGGAACGGGGUCAUUGCUGCUGGCUAUGGGAAUGGGCAGAUCCGGCUGUACGAGGCCACGAGCGGGGCCCUGCGUGCCACGGUCAGCGCCCACGCUCGCUGGAUCUACGCCCUGGACCUGGCCCCCCUGACGGGGAAGCUGCUGUCGGGUGCCGAGGAUUCCUAUGUCCAGAUCUGGAAACUCAGCCGGAGCCCAGACACCGGCGACAUCGAGAUCGAGCACUGCCACUCGGAGUGCGUGACUGACACCCAGCUCUGUGGCGCCCGCUUCUGUGACCCUGAGGGAAACUCCUUCGCUGCGACCGGCUACGACCUCAGCGAGAUCGUGCGCUAUGGCCAGGUCUAGGCUGCCCGGCUGCAGGGGGGCUGUGAGCACAGGGCGGGGAGGUACCCGCAGGCACUGUGUGCUGCACCAUGUUCCAGCCCCCCUGCAGCUGCCUCAGGGACUCUGUGCAGACCCCUGGCUCCCGUUGCACAGGGGCUGGGGCCGCUGCAUGCAGCUGAGGAUGCCCCCCACCUGGGUGGAGAUCAGACACGGGGGAGAGUAGGGGCAGACAGGUGGGGGCCCAGAUCUCUUCAAACUUCAGAGUCCCUCUGGCCAGACGCCUGCCCACACCCCAUGGCUGCUCAUCUCCCCCCUCUCCUGCCUCCAUGAUCUUUCUUCCCUGUGGGCAGGCAGCUGCCGUGUCCUGCCUGCCACAGCUCUGUCGUGCUGGGCCCCUGGCCCAAGGCCCCUGCAGGCUGUGAUUCCCCUCUGCUCCUGUAUGGAGACCAGAGCCUGGAGAGGUGCAGAGCCGGGCCCCCGGGCAGGCCCUGAGUUGGGGGGUAGGGACAGUAGCUGAGGAGGUGCAGAGCCGGGCCCCCGGGCAGGCCCUGAGUUGGGGGGUAGGGACAGUAGCUGAGGAGGUGCAGAGCUGGGUCCCCCCCGGCAGGCCCUGAGUUGGGGGGGGGACAGUAGCUGAGGAGGUGCAGAGCUGGGUCCCCCCUGGCAGGCCCUGAGUUGGGGGAGGGGGGACGAGUAGCUGAGGAGGUGCAGAGUGGGGGGGGGGGACAGUAGCUGAGGAGGUGCCAUCCUUCAUUCCAAGCCAGGAGCAAACGAAUCCCUGCUGCCGUGGGGCCCACCUGGCUCCUUUCCUCCCCUGAACUCGGGCUGCAGAGAGCUCUCGCUGGGGCACAGACCCUGGGCCACUGUACAGCAGCUGGGACGUGCCCUGGGGUGUCUGGGGCAGGCGCAGCUGUCACCACUCUGCUUUCCAGGCCCCUGUAGCAUCCCCGGGGCCAUAGUCUCACCUCCAUCUCGGCACAGCCCCAUGUCUGUGCCAAAGCCCCGUCGCUACUCGGCCAUUGCACAGCUUCUGAGCAGGCCCCAAGCUCGGAGAGCAGGUCCCAAGCUCGGAGAGCAGGUCCCAAGCUCGGAGAGCAGGCGGCACUGAAUGGGGCUGGUGGUGUGAGAGGCAGUGUGUCCGAGAACACAGAGCACCUGACUGGGACUCAGGAGACCUGGGUCUGCCACGGGCCUGCUGCAUGACCUUGGGCAAGACCUUGCUCUGUGCCUGUAAAAUGGGGACCGCCACACUGCCCUCCCCUGUAAAGCACGGUGAGCCCUACAGCUGGAAAGUGCUAACUAAGAGCUAAUACCAUGAUCUGAACAGAUUUAGUUUUGGCCUCAUCCCCUCAGCUGCCUAGAGGGGGUGCCAGCUCAGUGACCACCCAGCUGGGGACAGGCAGGGCCCGCUGGCCUGACAUGGGAACAGCUGCUGGGCUCAGCUCCCCCAGGACAAGGAAGCUGCAGGAUGCAGGCUCCCCACAGGAGCCCCUCACGGGCUGGAUUGUCCCUGCAUGGCCCCUGGCUCUCAGUCCCAGAUACUGCCCCCUGCAGAGCUGCCGGGAGGAGACUUGGAGCUGGCAUGGCCUGGCUCAGGGGAGCCCCUCUCCAAGAGGGGGUGACAUGCCCCUUUGGGCACAGGCUACAGCCCCUGCUGCCCCAGCCUGCCGAGAAGGUUCUCAGGUCAUGGAGUGUUUGAGGCUGGGGGUGGGGGGGUCCCUUGGAAAUGCUUGUCACUCAGGGCAGGGGCCCCUCCUGCAGGGCAGUUAGUUUAGAAAACCAGGGACCCCGGCAAGCAGCACAGACCCCCCUGGAUGGCCCGAGAGGUGGCGUUCUCCUGCUGUCGGGAAAAGUGCAUGACCUUUCCCUUCCUCUGCUGCUGUUGGGUGGGGUCCUCAGCGUCUGGUGUCUGGUGUCCUUUACCAUAGUACCAAUAGACCUAAUUAGACACAGUCCUGGAGUAGGGGGUUAACCCCGCUGGCUGGGCUAAGUCCUGUUCAGUGCCCCAUAGCUCCUGUAGUGUGUUAAACGCAGCACGACCCUGCCGUGUAGCGUUUGUGGGGGCUGUUAAACAGCCACCAGUGCUCACCCUAGAGGUGGGUGCAUGUAGAGUGUUGGAGGUGAAGUGAAACUUGCUGUCUCUCCUCCAACCCAGCCCUGCUGGCACGAGGCUUUGAAACCCCUCCCGCCCCUCCUGAAACUGCCCCUGGGCCCGUCUGUUGUCUCUGUCUUGGCCCUGGGCUCUAUCAUCCCCUCUGCUGUGCCUGGCCCUGCAGCACGCGCAGAGGAGCAGUGCCCGGGCUCCCUGCCACUGGCAGUACCACGGCCCAGCAGCCCCUCCACAGCUUCGCUCUGGUGCCCAGGGUGUGCUGCUGCUGCCAUAAAUCAGCUUGAACCCUC